AUGUCAGGUCUAUCAGGAAUGCCUUGUUGUGGAUGGUUCCCGAAAAUAGCUGCCUCCCCCGUGGUGGUGGUUCUGAGUGGCAUGUCUGUGGGAGCAGGAUUCUCGUAUAUGGAGAAUAUCGACUACCUAGCCAAGAUCGCGCCUACCGUCUUCAAGACGAGGAACAUCCUCACAGCUGAAGUCCGGCUGUUUGCAGCAAUUCUGCACAUUGCCAUGACAGGCACCUGUGCUUUCUUCCUGGCGGUCUCAAUGUUCUCUCCCGGCAGCAAACGCUGGUAUAUGAAGUAUGUCGGCUUCGUACUGAUGAUGUUUGGCCAUGGCAUUUACGACGCCAUUUGCACGUUCCAAGGGCGCAUCGGCCCCACCUCGUGCUUUGUUCGUAUCCAAUGCUUCUUCGACGCCGGAGUGAAAAAAUGUGCGUUCUAUCGGACGGGUAAGUUGGAACUGUGCGUCUGCGAUGAUUAUUGCUUGCGAGAAAUCGGGGCUCAGGACGCCCAGCUGUUCAUGAAUGCCACCUAUGCUUUCGAUAGCUACAAGGAUGAUGCUCCUACUAGAGCCGUGCUGAAGGAUGCGGGUGAGGUGGAGACUGGAAGCCUUUCCAAUCCUCUGCGAAGUUUAAUUACGCUCCCGUUGAGUGCUGCGGACCUCUUCGGGCAGAACGAUCCGGAGAAGCGGUUCCUGUGUCCGACUACAUCUCCGGAGUUGUUUGUUUGCGGACCGCAAAUCGUGGGGUGGUGGCCAGGAACCUGGACGAGCUACGUUUGGGGCGGAGGAAUCAUGGCCUUCUUUGCGGCGCUUUGUUGUGUGGGACUUCCCAUGCUGCAGAAUUCUGCACAAUCCGCAGCUCCCGUUGAGCCUCCGCCCCGGAGUGAGGAGGAUGGCAUCGCCAUGUCGCAAACGCGCCUUUCGCCGGUCGUCGUCGUCGGCUAG